CUUUCUUGUUUUGUUGCCCUCGUCGGCCUGCGAAGCCGAAACUGUGCCGUCUGCUCUCACAAGACAAGCCACUGGCCGCUACCACUGUCUCCGUCAGUUCUCUCUUCCUCUCUCGACUGACGGACUCUGACUGGCUAUCUUCCCUCUCGCUCAGCUGAGCGAAGCCGAAGCUCUGUUCAAGUGUUCACCCACCGUCGAGGCUGAAGGAGAAUCGGAGAUUGUUCGUUAAGGUGUGAUUUUAAUAUUGCGAAACUGUGAGGAAAGGAAAACGAAAAGGGACUAUGCUUUUGUGGUUUUCGAGUCAUUCAGUAAUCUCUCAUAUUGUAGAAGUAAAUAUUAUGAAAUAUGGUCUUGUUCUUAGAGCUUGUGUGAUCAGUUGGACAUAAAUUGCUGUUGGAAGAUGAGUGAGUUUCUAUUUGAUGACAUUUUCAAGGUUGAGGAUGUAGAUCCAGAUGGUAAAAAGUAUGAUAAAGUGUCUCGGAUUGUGGCAAAAAGUGAGAAGCGUGACAUGUACAUGCUUCUGGAUGUAAAUACAGAGCUUUAUCCGCUGAACAAAAAUGAAAGAUUCUUGAUGGUUCUGUCUCCCUCACUGGUUUUAAGUACAAAGGAUGGCAAAGUGUCCAUUCAAGACAAGUUUGAAUACAUCAUGCAUGGAAGGUUAUAUAACAUCACAAAAGAAGGUUCCAAAGAUGAACACGAAGUUGAGGUCUAUGUAUCUUUUGGUGGGCUACAGAUGAUGCUGAGGGGCCAUGCUUCGAACUGUCUCAAAUUUGCGAUGGAUCAGACCUUGUUCUUACUAAUAAGGAAGAUUGAAACUUAAAGCUUUUAUCCUGUAAUUGCUGAUGAAUUUUCUGGAGGGGUGAAAGAUGAAUCUGAUAUAGUUUAGGUUUAUUAAACUGUUAACUUUUUAAACUUUGGAUUGUUACAGAAUUUCAGACCAUAUGAGAAGGACCAUAAGCGUAUCUGAUUUUAUGGUUAUCUUAUUAUAUGUCUUGCUUGAUUA